AUGAGCGGGUGCUCUGAAGAAGCAAAUAAUAGAACAACAUGGAUACAAGGCAGAGCAUUCCAAACCUACAAAAUACUACCAAAUGGAAGACACCCUGCAGAAGAUUACAGAGCUGCAAUACAAUUAUUAGGAAGACCAACCUCUUACGAAGACUUCUUUAAACUAGAACAAGUAUACGAUUCUUACAAAAAGGACAA